GUCCUACUUAUUUUGGCGGUCCUUGAACUCACCGUAUAGUCUGUUUACAUGCAUAACUUUCUCCGACUUUCUCGGACGUGUUUUAUGCCACUUCUUUUUCUGUCUCAUUUUGUCCACCACACUUUUAACGUUGUACAUGAGUGCACAAAGACAUCUCCAUCAGUCUCCUGGCGGUGGUGGUGGGUUUCUGUGGCCUGGCCUUGUUGGCCGUGUCCUUGUUCGUCUUCUGGAAGCUCUGCUGGCCCAUCUGGAGGAGCAAAGCUCUGGCAGGCCACGGAGGAAAUGUCGGCCUACACGUGGCCUUCCCCGAGGCGCCGCCCCCCGGCUCGCCGCCGCUGCCGGAGUGGAAAGCGGCGGCGCUUGCGGAAGAGAAGAAGAAGCACCCGCCGGAGGUGAAAAUGAACGGGAAGAGCUCGGUCAAGAUCCUGGAGGCGGCCAUGAAGAUCAGUCAGACGUCGCCGGACAUCCCGGCCGACGUGCAGACCACCCUGAAGGAGAAGCUGAGCCAGCAGGCCAAAAUCCAGAGACAGACCACCGAGCCCACCUCGUCCUCCAGGCACAAUUCAUUCCGGCGCCACCUUCCUCGACAGAUGAACGUCACCAGUUUUGACUUCAGCGUGGAUGCCAUGCCUUUUCGACAGUCCUCCACGGUGAGCAUCGGGAGAAUCAAACCGGAACUCUACAAGCAGAAGUCUGUGGACUCGGAGGGCGAGCCUAAAGAACCCGUGGAGACGUGUGGCAAACUGAGCUUCUCUCUGCGUUACGACUACGAGGAACAGGCUCUGGUGGUGAGCAUCCUCAAGGCCUUGGAUCUGCCCGCCAAAGACUUCACAGGGACUUCCGACCCGUACGUGAAGAUCUACCUGCUGCCUGAGAGGAAGAAGAAAUUCCAGACACGAGUUCACCGCAAGAAUCUCAACCCCACGUUUGAUGAGACAUUCUGCUUUCCUGUUGUGUACGAUGAGCUCUGCAAUCGCAAGCUGCACUUGAGUGUCUACGACUUUGACCGGUUCACCAGCCACGACAUGAUAGGUGAGGUGGUGGUAGACAACCUCUUUGAGCUCUCGGACCUUUCCCGGGAGGCGGUGGUUUGGAAGGACAUCCAUACGGCAACCACGGAGACCGUUGACCUGGGGGAGAUCAUGUACUCGUUGUGCUAUCUUCCCACAGCAGGGAGGAUGACUCUGACAGUGAUCAAAUGCAGGAACCUCAAAGCCAUGGACAUCACUGGAUCUUCAGACCCGUACGUCAAGGUUCACCUAAUCUGCGACGGACGCAGGCUGAAGAAGCGGAAAACCACCACCAAGAAGAGCACUCUCAAUCCCGUGUACAACGAGGCCAUCAUCUUUGACAUCCCUCCAGAAAACGUGGAACAAGUCAGCCUGUCCAUCAUGGUGAUGGAUUACGAUCGGGUUGGACACAACGAGGUGAUCGGCGUAUGUCGUACCGGGCCAGACGCCGAAGGUCUAGGACGGGAUCACUGGAACGAAAUGUUGGCUUACCCGCGGAAGCCCAUCACCCACUGGCACACCCUGGGAGAGUGGGCUGGUCGGGGGGCGAGCUUUGAGAGUCACGGCUCGUGUUCGUCACCCAAACCUCCACAGACGCCCUGAUGGUGACCACGACGGGUAGCGUGACGCCCCUACUUAUUCCGCCUCCGAGCCCCCCAGGUGGUAUAAAACUGAAUAUUGGGAAUUCUCGGUCGACACACUUCUGUCAACUUUGUUUCUAUGACUUCAAAACAAAAGCAGCCGUGUUGUUAAAAGAUGAAAUCAACUCACUCGCAAAUCUGUCCAGACCCGAGAUCUCUGUGUCACGUUGACAUUUUACUUUGAAAUGGCACAAAAUGCAAGGGCUACAAGGCUCGGUGCCAUCAGAGCAUUUAAAAAACAAACGAACCGCGAGACUCGGUUUCAGAUUUGCGAAUGCACGGGUCCUUAGCUCUCAGAUCACGUGUUAGCCCGAAUCAGACCCGACUAUCAGAUGUGGAGAAUGUAGCAGUGACAUGUAGCAAGCAUACACUACCGUUCAAAAGUUUGGGGUCACCCAAACAAUUUUGUGUUUGAGCCUUCAUUUCUAAGAACAAGAAUAGACUGUCGAGUUUCAGAUGAAAGUUCUCUUUUUCUGGCCAUUUUGAGCGUUUAAUUGACCCCGCAAAUGUGAUGCUCCAGAAACUCAAUCUGCUCAAAGGAAGGUCUGUAACGAGCUCAACUGUUUUCAGAUGUGCGAACAUGAUUGCACAAGGGUUUUCUACUCAUCAAUUAGCCUUCUGAGCCAAUGAGCAAACACAUUGUACCAUUAGAACACUGGAGUGAUAGUUGCUGGAAAUGGGCCUCUACACACCUAUGUAGAUAUUGCACCAAAAACCAGACAUUUGCAGCUAGAAUACCGUAAUUUCCGGACUAUAAGCCGCUACUUUUUCCCCUCGUUCUGGUCCCUGCGGCUUAUACAAGGGUGCGGCUUAUUUACGGCCUGUUCUUCUCCGACACCGACGAAGAGGAUUUCGGUGGUUUUAGUACGCAGGAGGAAGACGAUGACACAAUGAUUAAAGACUGACUUUUCAUAUACCGGUAGGCUGGUUAUUUUGAUAACGUACAGGCGAGCACUUUGUAUUACUUUGCACUAGGGAUGUCCGAUAAUGGCUUUUUGCCGAUAUCCGAUAUUCCGAUAUUGUCCAACUCUUUAAUUACCGAUACCGAUAUCAACCGAUACCGAUAUCAACCCAUAUAUGCAGUCGUGGAAUUAACACAUUAUU